AAGAGUGGAGAGCUCUCAUCGUAGGAACCGUGGUUUGUCCCGAAUGCCGAACUUCCUUCUUAAGAUAUUCGUAGCCGUGGUUGCUACAGCCGGUCACGUUGUCGCGGCAGAGGAUCCGUGUUCGUUGGAGGUCAUUUCCAGGUGCUCGAAGGAUGUCUUCUUUUAUGCUGUGAAACCUUUCGCUUCCACGACACCAGAGGACGUUGAAGCGGAUUGCCGUCGCGAGCAGAAAGCCAUCGAAUGCGCGGAACACUUCGAGAAAUCAGGCUGCAUCAAAGGAGGACUCUUGAUCGGAAUGUUCAAGCUCAUAUUCGAGGGAGCCACGAACGAGCAUCUAGGGAAGUGUGAAGUCGGCCACCCCAGGAACAAAGACUACCACAAUCACGUCAAGUGCAUAAACAAGGUCGGAAAGCGAUUGGGCGAUUGCAUGAGACAAAUGAGUUCUAUCAUGGAAGCAUCGGCGCAACAAGCUCCGUUAGCGAAUCGAGUGCCCUACACCUGCUGCGCUCUGGGCGUCUACCAAAAAUGCAUCGAGAAUACGAUCGCGACCGUCUGCGACAAGGAUCACGUCAUGUACGCGCGCUCCGUGAUCAGAGGCAUCGCUGGCGAUUUCCAGGACACAAUCUGCGCUCCUUACAAGAAGAAGCAAUGUGAUAGCUUGCCCAAACUGUCCCUGAAGAAAGCCAAAUACCCGACUCUAGUCCCAUCUCUACUCGAGAAUCUCCGCCCAAUCGGUUAGAGCCGGCCGGUAGAGAAUCUGGAAACCGCGAUUUUCGUCAACCUCAAAAGGUCCUCACAGCGGUCAAAUAUCUUUACUCGAUGAUCUGUAAAAUUUUCAUGGUGCUCAUGGAAUUCUCUGGAACUACAGGGGCCUGGGCAGAGUCACGACGCUUCGCAAUAGUUUCGAA